GAUUCAGUUCUCCAUAGCAGCUCCCGGCACUAGUAUGCUAGUGCUACAAUUCCUCAUUGUUCUACAAUUAUUUUUUUAUCAAAAUAAUGCAAAAUUAUACAUAAAGAAAAACAGAGGUGUGCCGAAAGGAUAUCGAUUCCGGCAGUCUAGAGGCAGCAGCAUUGAUGGCAGCAGCAUUGGUGGCGAUAGCAUUAGUGGCAGAAGCAUUAGCGGCAGUAACAUUGGUGACAGUAGCAUUGGUGGUAGUAGCAUUCAAAGCAGUAGCAUUAGUGGCAGUAGCAGUAGCAGCAGCAGCAGCAGCAGCAGUAGCAGUAGCAGUACCAGUAGUAGUAUCAGUAGUAGUAUCGGUGGAAGUAGCAGUAGCUCAACAAAAGAAGAGAAAAUUGCACCAUUUGUAAUAAACACUUUGGUUGGAGCUCCUCCCUAUUCGGGAAUGAAUCAGAAUGUGGUAACGAAAAAGGAGGAAUAUGUUUUACCAAUAGUCGCUGCACCUUCACAUACUUCGGAGAAUAAUUACGAGAAAACAGAGAAACAUAUUAAACCCUUAACCAAGAUUGUAACUUCCACAAAUGUGGAAGAUAACUUGGAUGAUGGAGAGGAUCUAUCAGCUGGAAUACCUCCUGAGGUUGCUAUUGAAGAAGUUAACGCAAUGGAGAUAAUGGAGUUCCUCAGGGUUCUAUCUGAGGAACCACAUAUUGCAGCAGGAGUCAGAGAUAGAUGGCUAGCGGAUUGGAUUGAGAAUAAAUGGAGAGAAUUUGGAAUUACUGAAAUACUACGUCCUACAUACAAUGCUCUUUUAUCCUACCCUGAUCAGAAAAACCCUAACAAAAUAUCUCUUCUCAAUCAAAAUGGAAAAGAGAUGUGGCAGAGUCAUCACAUGGAGAAUGUGACAGGCCCUGAUUUUCAUCCUGAUUUUAUUCAUGCAUUCAAUGCAUAUUCACCAAAAGGUUCAGUAUCAGGGGACCUUGUCUAUGUGAACCUAGCUGAGGAAAAGGAUCUAACACAGUUGAAAGAAAUGGGAAUCAGCCUAGUUGGGAAAAUUGCAAUAACAAGAUAUGGUGCCAUUUAUCGAGGUGAUAAGGUUAAGAACCUGGAGAAGGAAGGAGCUGUCGGGGUUAUCUUCUAUUCAGAUCCAGAACAGGUAGCUCCUGAAGGAAUUAAUGAAGAGCAUGUUUAUCCAAACACUUAUUUUCUCCCACCCUCUGGAGUUCAGAGGGGUUCAGUAUACAGAGGAAAUGGAGAUCCUUUGAGUCCUGGCUGGACUUCUAUCCCUGGAGCUUAUAGAAAAUCUUUGAAUGAAUCAGAAGGACUUCCAGGUAUCCCCUGUCAGCCAAUAGGCUAUGGUGAUGCAUUACAGCUUUUGAGCAAGCUGGGGGGUGCAGAGGCCCCCUUGAAGUGGCGUGGAGGUUUUAAUAAUAUCAGCCACAGACUUGGGCCAGGCUUUAAUAAAAUGUACGAGGGUUGGAAAGUGAAGCUGGUUGUGAAUAAUUAUCUACAAGACAAGAAUGAUUCUAAUGUUAUUGGGAUAAUACGAGGGAGUUCUGAACCUGACAAAAUUAUAAUGGUUGGAAAUCAUAGGGAUGCAUGGGGGUAUGGUACUAUGGAUCCAAGUAGUGGUACAGCAGCUGUUAUGGAAGUUGUACGGGUUAUGGGUUCCUUGUUCAAGACAGGCUGGAGACCUCGUAGAACUAUAGUGUUCGCUUCUUGGUGUUCGGAGGAGUAUGGGUUGAUCGGAUCCACGGAGUUUGUGGAGGAAAAUAUUCAUAUUUUGAUGCAAAAGGGUGUUGCAAUGCUUAAUACAGACACUUGCCUAAAUGGAGACCUGAAUAAAAAAGUAUCAGUUAAUUCGAGCCCAUCCCUGAUAGGCUUAUUUAUUAAGGCAGCUAAGGCUGUGCAAUCUCCAUACAAUUCAGCGCAAACAGUUUUCCAACUUUUGGCGAAUAAUACAAAUACGAUUGCGGAUAAAAUAACUCUUCUUGGAUCUGGAACAGACCACGCUCCUUUUAGUUUUUUUGCCGGAAUUCCUGGACAAAUGAUUUCGUUUGGAACUGAAGGAUUUCCAACAUAUCACACUGGGUUUGAAACUUGGAGAAUUGUAACUGAAAUCGUAGAUCCUGAGUUUAAAAUUAUCAGAUCCUGUUCCCAGCUACUCCUCCACCAAGCUAUGAACCUGGCAGAUUCUCCAGUUCUACCCCUUAGUCCGGAGUUUAUUGGAGUUGAGCUCCUCAACUCCUUGGAGAAGUUGGAGCAAAAUAAUAUAACACAGAAUCUGGAAAAACUGGGUGCUUUAAAAGAGUAUACAGCUAUGGUAAAGAAAAUGAAUGAAUUUAUUAAAGAAUGUAAAUCCUUCUCUGCAUAUGCAGAACAAAUGGAGUUGAAUCCGACUGGAGAACAAAGUGUACCGGAGUUGAAUGAUAAGCUGGUGAUGCUUGAGAGAAUAUUUAUUCUACCAAAGGGUCUACCAUUCCGUCCCUUCAAUAGACAUGCGCUCUUCUCUCCUGCAGCUAAUAAUCUUUACGGUUCCUCGUCAUUUCCUGGCAUUAAUGACUUGAUGAAUGGUAUACAUCAGCUCAACACUACAGAGAGAAAGACCCGUAUUGAUGAACUACGACAACAUCUAUCUGAUUUAAUGAUAAUCUUCCAUCAAGCUAGAAAAUGGAUUUCUUCAGAUAUAUUUUAAAAUUUGAAUUUUUCUUAAUUUAUAAUUGUUUUGUAAUAUUUAAACUAAUAAAAAUAACAGA